AUGCGCCCUGUCGCGCAACAGCGAGGUGGGACACGAGGCUGUUUUCCGUUUCUGCUCCGUCUUCGACCCCCUCCCCUUACCCUUGCGCGCAUCUCCCAUUUUUAUUGUCUGUUCAUUCCCCACCUCUCUCUUUCGAUCUAUGCAUGUCCGCAUUGUGGGCUUGUGCUGCAUGCCGGAGAGUCUUUACACCCCUCCUCUGCAGGCCAGCAGACGGGGACGACACGUAGUCAAGGCGGCAUGCAGCCGUCUACCUUGAACUCCUCGCAUGGAGUCUCUUCAGCGCACAUAAUCACAUCGGCAGCUCUGCGUCACCCGACGGGUGCCACUGACGAGGAGAUAGUAGAGUGCUUGCUGCUGAUAUGGCGCGAUGUGUCAGCAGCGGCUGCGCCCCGUCACACACCUUCUCACCCUGCCUUGAUGCAUCCAGCUGCCUUGCGCAUCUUUGGCCAUGAUUCCCUGCAGAGUGCAGCGACGUUGAGGCAUCACUAUCGGCAGCUUGCCAUUCGCGUGCACCCGGACAAGAACACGAGUUCGCGGGCGUCCGAGGCGUUUCAGCUACUUCAGAGCUGCUUCGAGUACCUCAUCAGCAGCCGCGAAGUCGGGGGCGUUGGUGGCGUUGACGUUGUAGAGCAUGCGACGUUUCAACGCACAGCCGAUCCGUCAAGGCCGGAGGAGAAAGAUGCGUUCAGGAGAGGUGACGCAGCCGACGGCGAAGAUGCCAAGUAUUUUUCCUCCUCGACAUCGUCCUCCUCCACGUCUUCCGCUUCGCCAUCCCCGCUGUCACCACCCUUGUCGCCUCUCUUCAGCACGGACAGCAGCAGCAGCGGCUCAGGGCGGUCUUUGCCGGCUCACCCACGCACCGCCGCCGCUGCCACAGCUGGGAGGGCGUCACCACCACGGCCACCACCUCCCUCACGUCGUCCAGCACCGGCUGCGACGUCGACGAAUAGAGGUGUUAUUCUCUCCGCGCCCGUGCCCGAGCCACCCGACGUAUUUGCCACCAGCGCAGACGCAACGGCGGCUGCGGCUGUUCCAGCGCCGAAUGUCUUUGAUCAUAGCAGCAGCGACCCUGCCGUGCCCCCUCCCCCCGUCUUUGACGCGCACCCGGCCUUCAAAGCCGGCUCGACGGGAGCUGCGCAGCCCCGCAUUAGACGCCGUGCAUCGACUGGCGGUUGCACCUCGUUUGCCGGCGCGGCAAGCGAUUUUGGCCCAGCACCACCGCUCGUGUUUCAGCAAGCAUCAUCUACGCCAACAGACAGUGCGCGCGGCGUGAUUGCCAGGCGAACAGGGGUGGCAAAGCAGCACUCCUCGAAACAGCAGCGGAGUGCGCGACAGCCCGAGCUGCCGACCCUGGCUGAGCUGUUGGCUCGGUUGGACGCCGAUGACGAUGAGGACGAGGGCGACUCAGAGAACAUUUUGGAAUGUGCCCGAGGCCUGUCCUCUCGAGACGGCUUGAACGGCUCUGCAGCGCGGAGGUGUCGCACCGACGAGACCGCCGCGGUGAAAUUUUCGGUUCCCCCAGCAAGGCUGUGGUCAUCCGCGGCGCAUCCAGCCGCUUCCCACUCUCGAAGGAACACAAGCGACAGCGCUAACUUCGAAAGCAGCGGCGCCCCUGUGACUCACCGCGCAUCGAUGACGACGGACCCUGUCCACCUGGACAUGUCGUGUGCGACGGCGGUGCUUAGUGCACCAUCAUCGACUCCAUCCACACUCGAAGCCUUUUACAAUGCGUUGCAGGAAGAGGUGAGAGAUACGAAGCACUGUCACACUUCUUCUGCCUCUCCUCUUUCUCACAUAUCCUGUGGCCCGUUCGCUGGAUCAUCUGUGCGCAGUCGACGAGCCGGUGUCGGCGGGGUGGAAGGGAGCAGCGGGCGCGCGACUCGAGGCCGGGGCAGCGGCGGCUCCACAAGAGAGCGGUGCGCCUGCGGCAAGGCUCCUCGUGGUCGCUGCUUUCUCUGUGAAGAGUAA